AUGUCGUUACCUGGUCAACAAUCGAAUUCAACACUUCAUCAACAACAGCAACAACAAACAAAUGGAUAUGAUUAUUCUCCUUUAGCUAAUCAAGUUUAUCCUUAUGGUGGUGGUUCUGGCUCUGCUUCCAGUGCUGGUGGUUCCAGCUCAAAUGGUUAUGUUUAUAAUAACUCCCCUUUGGCUAAUAAUGCUGUUCUUAAUAGCCAAACUAAUUCAUCACCUUACAAUAAUUUAAACCUGUCUACAAGAAAUAAUAACUUGAAUGGGAUUUAUCCAACACCAAGAGUUUCAAACUUAUCACCAGGUUUAAACUUUGCAUCAUUAUAUUCAACCAGAGCAAGAUUCAAUGCCUCCAAAGGGUUUGAUCUUGAAGAUGACUUGGAAUUUUGUCCUGAAAUCCAUGAACAUCACACUGUUCAACAUCAUAGAUUCAAUCCAUACACUUCACAUACAUUCAGUCCUCAAAAUUCACCAUCUGCAUCAUCUGCGCAUACAACAUCACCAGUAACCAAGAAAGAUCUUGGUCAAAGUGAUACUCCAAAAGUCAUCACUCCAAGGGCAAAGAAGGUUUUAGAGAUUGUUAAUCCAGCUACUGGAUUAAGAGUUGCUUCACCUGCCCCAUAUAAAUAA